AUGGCCGACGAACGAACCACGCAGGAAUCCCCUCCGACAUGGUCGGAUUCGGACAGUGCUCCUCCCGCCAUUGCUGAGAAGAAACGCCGGUUACCCCCGUUUCUGGACCAUUUCAAUGGUCGCGAUCUCAAGAUCUUCUUUCGAUGCUGGGUCGCCGUCUGGGUGGCUUGUUUGUUGAUCUUCAUCCAUCCCUCGCUGGAAAGCAUCGGCACUGCAACAUUCUUCGCAGCUCUCGUUUUAUUGUUUCUACCUCCAUCCGGAAUCGUAUUCAUCUAUCUUUUGGGUGCGCUGUCCUUGUUCAUCGGUAUCUGUCUAGCUUGGGCAUGGGGCGUCAUCACCAUGAAGGCUGCUCAGGCAGCUAGACCAGCGGCCGAAACGCAGGCUAAAGUGGCCGCCCUGCAGCAGACGGCUGUGUCACAGGCCCAGAACUCGACCUACUCCGCUACUGAAAUAGCGCAGCGAUUGGUUUACGAAGGGUACAUGCUAGAUGCGCGCGUCACUGCCGUGACCUUUUGCCUCAUCUGCACUUUUGUUUAUUUCAUGGCGCGUCUUCGGGCCAGCAAUCCCAAAGCAGCUUUGACGGCUAUAUUUGGCAUUAUCAUCUCGGAUCUAUUCCUGAACUACACUCCACUUCUACCCUCUUUCUCAGGAACCCUGCCCCUAACUCUCGUCAAACCUGCCGCAAUUGGGGUCGGGCUCGGCCUAGCAUGCUCAAUCCUCUUCUUUCCUCAGUCGACAUCGCAUGUGGUUCUGGAUAGUAUGGAGGAUAUCGUCCGACUCCUCCAAGUUCCACUAGCAAUGACAGCAAAUACACUCUGCAAGAAGGAAGAACAACCGAAUCCUGACGACCUGCGCAUGACACAGGCUGGGAUCAUCCAGAAGUAUAAAGGCAUGGAACCAUCCUUAGCGUUUCUGCCUCUGGACUUUUCUGUAGGCUGUUGGGGGGCUGAAGAUGUCGCCUCCUUCCAGGGCCCUUUGCGAGACGUACUUGUUGCAGUUUUAUCCCUUCUUGACUUUCACAUUGGCCGGAUCGUGGGAGAGGCUCGCACGCAGGAUGUGCUGCGUAAGUAUGUUGAUAAGACUCCGGACGAGGAUGAGAAACGUACGCGCGAGGUUGGCGCGCAUCAGCUCACACAGCUUGCACAACUGCUGGAUGGAUUCCGCAGCCCGGACAGCCACCCGCUGCGCAAGGAGGUCGUCCAAGAGCUAGUCAAGACAAGCGCGACCGCCAUAGAUGCUUGUGCGGAGGGGCUGAGCGUCGUGCAGGAGUGUAUUCACCUGGUGAAUUGUCGGCGCUGGUUCAAAAGGCCAUCCCAGGCUGAGCGCGAGCAGCUACAACAACGCUGUGAGAAGGCACUUGAGGCAUUGAGCAAGGCCCGUUCGGUCUUUAUCAAUGAAAUGAGCGACAUCCUGAUCGGACAACACGAAAAACAGCCGCUCGGCGAAGCCCAUCACUUCCGGCCGCUCAUGUUCGUUUUAGUCUUCGAGGAGCACAUUUCCAACACCGUGCAGAAGACCGAGGCACUACUCGCGCGGGUAUCUACGGUCUUCCAAGAAUCAACGAAGAUCCGCGUUUACCUGCCAACCCGGUUCAGAUACGCCGCAUCAUGGGCCUCCUCGAAUGAGGUCAAGGCACCGGGGUCCGAGGGUACCGAAGACGAUCCGGAUCGCGUCAGCGCCGACGACGUUACCAAAGCAGCACAAGAGAAGCUGCGUGUUAUCCGUGGAUUCCGCACGAAGCCACGCCCUCCUCUCAGUCGAGCCAUCCUGGGAACCUACCACUGGUUUACCUGCGAUGAAGGCCUGUAUGCCAUACGUAUGGUUGUCGUCACGAUCGCCCUGGGCAUUCCGGGCGUGAUCCCUCACAGUGCGGGUUUCUACUACCGUGCGAAGGGACUUUGGGCGCUGAUCAUGGGGCAGACGGGUCUGCUCGUGUACAUGGCGGAUUUUACCUUCUCCUUGAUCGCAAGAGUCAUUGGAACCGUCAUCGGAGGAGUUUUGGGGCUGCUGGCUUGGUAUAUUGGCUCCGCAAAUGGCCCGGGCAAUCCGUAUGGGCUGUCUGCUAUCACCGCCGCAAUCCUAGUCAUCCUUGUCUGGAUUAGACUAUAUCUGCCGCCGGCCCUGAUGCAGGGAGGUAUCAUCGGUGGAGCCACGUUCCUGCUAGUCAUCGCGUAUAGCUACGAUGAUACUCACAUCCCUCAAUACGGCAACCCUGGAGUAGGCUACAAUGUCUUCUGGCGACGACUACUCCUCGUCCUCGUCGGCGUCGCCGCGUCCGCCAUUCUCCAAACCCUACCCCGGCCUCCAUCCGCCUCCCGACACGUCUGCAAAACGCUCUCCCGCGCCAUGCGCACCCUAUCCACGCACUACGCCCUCCUCCUCACCGUCUGGGCCCAAAACUCCACCGAAGGUAGGAGGCUCGCCGAACCUCUCUCCCUGCAACUCGCCGAAACCCUCGUCGCACUCGACGGGCCCAUCAAACUCCUCGGCUUCGAAUUCUCCAGCUCGCGCUUCGACAGCGCCUCCCUCGCCAAAGUGAACUCCCUCUGCCGCAGCCUCAACCGCCAGCUCAGCCGCCUCCUACUCCUCUCUUCAUCCCUACCUCAGGAAUUCCAGGAGCAACUAGCCCGUCAGACGGGACUUCUGGACCACCGCCUCAUCGGCCAGGUCAUGGCGGUUAUGGGUCUCUGCGAACAGGCCCUGAAAACGGGCGACGCGUUACCGGAGAUCCUUCCGACGCCGUUGUUCAAGCAGGCAGUGGAUAGUUGGUCGAGGGGACGUCGUGGGCAAGAAGAGCAGGUUAUUUCGGGGGAGAUGAUGCGCGAUGAAGGAUAUAGACGGUUCUGUGUGGCGGCGAGUGCGUACUUUGGGUUUUUGAUCACCGUAGAUGAGAUGGUGUUGGUCGUGAAGGGGGUGUUGGGAGAGGCGCAUCUGGUGGGUGGUUUGGGGAGUAGGGAAGGGGGGUGGUUGUUGGGGGAUGCGGAGGUGUGA